GAUGGAGAUAAUUAGGAGGGCAUCUCACGCUGGUUCUUGGUACACUGAUGAUCUUGGAUGAUGAGUGAUGACGAAGUUCCAGGCUCGGGGAAAAGUAGAAGUCCCCAAAAAAUCCUUCUUGAAUCCUCAUCCUUUUAAUGUCCAUGAUUGCUUAUCCUUCUUGUGUAUUUAUAUGCAUCGAUCAGUAAACCAGGGGUUGCACUUUGGUUUUCUCCGUAACUCGGGGCAACUUGUUUGUGAUUUCUUUAUAAGAUGGGGCUUUCCUUUUUUGGUUUACCUGCUAGUUGUUAACAAUCUGUUAUGCUUUUUUGCCAGCUGCAAAGUUAGCUCAGGAUCUUGACAAAUGGCUCAAAGAGUCUGGAUUGACCAAUUCGUCCGAUGUAAGAGCUGUAAUUGCUCCGUAAGUGACUUCCGUAGCUGAACUUACUUUAAUGUUUCCUCGUUCUUUUUAUGAAUUCCUCACUUUAUGACAUUGUUGAUGUGAAAUUCACCAGUCACGCGGGUUAUUCAUAUUCUGGCCGUGCAGCAGCCUUUGCAUUCGGUAAUAUUGACCCCGAAAAAUUUUCUCGGGUUUUUCUUCUUGGUCCAUCUCACCACUAUUAUACUCCAAAAUGUGCUCUUUCAAGAGCCACCAUAUACAAGACCCCAGUUGGCGACUUACCUAUUGACCUUGAAGUCAUUGAAGAGCUCAAAGCAACUGGAAAAUUUGAAAUGAUGGAUCUCCGGGUUGAUGAGGCUGAACAUAGCAUGGAAAUGCACCUCCCGUAUCUUGCUAAAGUAUUUGAAGGGUAUCCUGUGAAAAUCGUACCCAUCCUGGUUGGUGCUCUUAAUGCUGAAAACGAAGCGGCAUACGGACAGUUGCUUGGGAAGUAUUUGGAUGAUCCCAGUAAUUUCUUUUCCGUAUCCUCAGAUUUUUGCCAUUGGGGUUCACGUUUCAACUAUACUCGUUAUGACAAGAAACAUGGUGCCAUCUACAAAUCCAUUGAAGCAUUGGAUAAAAUGGGCAUGGAUAUCAUUGAAACAGGGGAUCCAGAUGCAUUUAAAAAUUAUCUUUUGGAGACUGACAAUACAAUAUGUGGGCGACAUCCAAUUAGUGUCUUCCUUCAUAUGACGAAAAACUGUUCAACAAAAAUCAGGAUCAAAUUCCUCCGAUAUGAGCAAUCGAGCCAGUGCAAAUCGAUGAGGGAGAGCAGUGUAAGUUAUGCAUCUGCAGCCGCAAGGGUGGAUGCUUGA